UGACCGGUGCUGAAGCGCCGAGUCCUGGGUUUUGCAGCGUUGUGGUCGGUGGUCAGCGGCGCUCUUGACCCGGUUCCGCGAGGCUUUUCUCUGCUGUCGCUGCACUUCUCGCCGCAGCAGCCUGCCCUGCGGGAUCAUGGUGUGCUUCCGCCUCGCCCCGGUUCCGGGAUCCGGGCUCCUUCUGCUCUGCCUCGUCCUGGGAGCUGUCUCGUCUUAUGCAUUGGAACUUAAUUUGACAGAUUCAGAAAACGCCACUUGCCUUUAUGCAAAAUGGCAGAUGAAUUUCACAAUACGCUAUGAGACCACAGACAAACAUAAUAAAACUGUAACCAUUUCAGACCUUGGUCCUGCAACGUACAGUGGAAGCUCUUGUGGGGAUGACCAGAAUGGUCCCAAAAUCGCAGUGCAGUUUGGAUCUGGUUUUUCCUGGACUGUGAAUUUUACAGAGGAGAAGUCUUUUUAUUCAAUCGACAGUAUCUCAUUUUCCUACAACACGAAUGAUAACACAACAUUUCCUGAUGCGAAAGAAAAAGGAGUUUUUACUGUUUCUGACCAUGUGGCAUUCAGAGUUCCAUUGAAUGACAUCUUUAGAUGCAAUAGUUUAUUAACCUUAGGAAAGAAUGAUGUUGUCCAGCACUAUUGGGAUGUUCAUGUACAAGCUUUUGUCCAAAAUGGCACAGUGAGCACAAAAGAGUUUUUGUGUGAUAAAGAUAAAACUUUAACCACAGUGCUGCCCAUCGUUCCCACCACUGUGCCAUCUCCUACUACAACACCCUCUCCAAAGGAAAAGCCAGAGGUUGGAUCCUAUUCAGUUGUAAAUAGCAAUGGGACAUGUCUUCUGGCUACCAUGGGGCUGCAGCUGAACAUUACUCAUGAUAAGGUUGCUUCGGUUAUUAACAUCAAUCCCAACACAACCAACUUCACUGGCAGCUGCCAUCCUCAAACUGCUCUACUUAGGCUGAGCAGCAGCAGCAUCAAGUAUCUGGACUUUGUCUUUGCUGUGAAAAAUGAAAACCGAUUCUAUCUAAAGGAGGUGAAUGUCAGCAUGUAUUUGGUUAACGGCUCUGUUUUUAGCAUUGCAAAUAACAAUCUCAGCUACUGGGAUGCCCCCCUGGGAAGUUCUUAUAUGUGCAACAAAGAGCAGACUGUUUCAGUGUCUGGAGCAUUUCAGAUAAAUACCUUUGAUCUAAGGGUUCAGCCUUUCAAUGUGAUGGAAGGAAAGUAUUCUACAGCUCAAGACUGCAGUGCAGAUGACGACAACUUCCUUGUGCCCAUAGCGGUGGGAGCAGCCUUGGCAGGAGUGCUUAUUCUAGUGUUGCUGGCUUACUUUAUUGGUCUCAAGCGCCAUCAUGCUGGAUAUGAGCAAUUUUAGAACCUGCAGUCUGAUUGAUUAUAUAAAAAUACAUGCACAUAACAAGAUUUUCUUCCCUUUCAGUUUUGAAAUACUUUGUUCUUUAAGAUUGAUAUAUUGAAACUUUAAUUCUUAAAUCAGUCCCAGCAUUUUGAGAUAAUUCUUUAUUAAUAAAAACUGUUAAUAGAACAGCAUAAUUUUUUUUUUAAAUGUUGUACUUACUGGUCCUGAAGACAAACUAGUUGAAAAGAACAUCGGUGUGCAGUGUGUUAAGGUCUAUCUUAAGAAGCCUUGGCCAAAUUUUGAUUCUAACCCAAGAUGCCUUAAACUUAUUAACAUGGCCAUUAUGAAGAUAAAAUAUGUAGUUGUCUCCUAAUGGAAUUAAUAAAUAUUGUUUCACUACCGGUGUUCUGUUUCAGUAUAUAAGAAUUAUCCUGAUUUAAGCUCAUCGCAGUGCCUUUGCAUAUAGUUCAUUAAAUAAAUGUUGAUGUGGCAUAAAUGCCCAUCAGAUGCUUAAACUUGGUUUUCAGUUGAAUGUCCUCAGGACCAUCAGCAUUUUUUAGGUUAUGUGACUUUCUUUGAAGAUGAAGUCAGUAUCUUUGGCUUGUGAUUUUUCCCUAGGUAAAAAACAGACCCAAGAGGCUGCAGCAGAGCUUCAACUGGCUUCAGAAUUAGUUUUCAAAAAACUGUUUCUUUUUCAGCAAUAAUAGACAGAAAGGAUUCAAGCAUAUUUAACCAGUUGCCUUUUUAAAAAUGUUUUUCUCUUCCUUGGAUGCCUGAUUAGCAUUGCAAGAUAGAAAUAUUCUAUGAACUAAUUAGGAGAGAUUGUGUUGUGUUUCUCUACCUCAUCUUGUUGGUCUCUAGAGCAUUAAAAUCUAUUUAGUGUUGUCAUCAGACUGGUACUUAUGAGCUGUAAGCAGCAGCAAUCUCAGAAGGGAGGCAGCGAAGCAAAGCAGCAACUCGGCUCCUGCCUUUUCCAAGACGGCCCCUGUGGGGCAGAGCAUAGAUGGGGUGUAGACAGAAGCUGUUGGCAUGAAAAUGAGCUAGAUAUUCAGCCCCUGUUGAGGCACGCUCCAUGUUAGAAGUGCAGCACAGAUAUUGAAUGUAUAGACAAAUAAAUAAGAAGGAAGCUUAAUCAGUAGACUCGAGAAUUUCACAUGGAAGUGAUUAUUUUAUUAAUUCAUUCUGUGUAUAUAUUGGCUUGUUCAGAAUUUUUGUAAUUCACUGAUUACAGCAUUUUGGUACCCAGCUAUCAGUCUCUGAAGGCUUUCAGUAAAAUACAGUAAAUCUUUUUAAUAAAAGCUAAUGUCAUUACUAAAAUCUGUUCUAUAUACUCAGAACCUCAGCAGCAUUUUUUUAUGAAUGACAAAAGUGCAAGAGGAGGAAGAGAUAAAAUUAGAGGAAAAAUGCAAGUUAUUAUUCAAUCAUAAAUCACACCAAGUAUCACAUUUUGUUAAUUGCAUUAGACUUAUACUGGAAAGGACCUUAAAGAUUCCUUACUAUAACCCCAUAGUUUUUUCAGAAAGAGGAGUGACUUUACUGAGGUUACAUAUCUAGCGGGCAACAAAACCAUUAUUAGCAUUUUGAUUAAAAAUUGUCCCAAUGAAGUCUAGUCACUCAAUAGUAAGAAUAGUUUAAACUUGAAACUGGGAGAUCAGAACUGGGCACUUUGAGUUUCUGUACUAACUAAUUUCAAUAAAUGACACAUGAUACCAACUUUGUUUGCUUAAGUAUUUUUAAAAGUACUGAAUAUUGGCUUUUUCAAUGGCUCCUAUAUUGACCUCUGCUACUUCAAAGCCUAAACCUCCUUGGAUGGGAUCACAAACAUGGGAGGAAAAGAGAAGGGAAUGAACACUUGUUGACCUCCUGAUGUGUAUCAUAUACUUUAGAAAUAUCAUUUAAUCCUCAGAUACCUUAUAAUAUAGGUAUUCUUCUCCCCCUUUUACAGAUGAGGAAAGUGAGGCCCAGUUUAAAUUACUUGACCAAGGUCCUUUAGCUAGUAAUUGAAGGAAUCAAGAUUCAAACUCAGUUCUGUCUCAGUCCAGAGCUCAGAAGCUACAUUGCAUGUGCACACCGCCUUCCUGGUGGUCCAGUGGAGUGGACUGCAAUGUCCAUUGGACUCUGCUAUUAUUCUUCCAGGCCACUGCUCAGCUAAAAAUAAUUACAUAUAACCUGAUAGCUACCUAAUGCUUGUAUGAAAAAAAUUAUACUGCAUUUUUCUUGAUCAUGAGUCCUUUUUAACUUAGAUGUUAUUACUCAUACAGAAUUCUUAUUUGUAUUUUCACGAUAGCUGUGGCAGGGGAGAAAGGGAGUGGGGAAAUACGCAGGUAGUGGUUUUAAGUGAAGAUUCCCGCAGUGCUGCCCUUUCCCCGCAGUGCCGCUCUUUCCCUGCAGUGCCAUUAGACAAUUCAACAUAAAAUCUUCCCAUAUUAGGCAAGCACAAUUCUUUGUUUUGGACCCUUUCCCGUUCUUCCCUUAACUUCUGCUUUUCGUACUGAGGAAUUAGGUGUGAUUUGAGAUGAAGUGACAGUGAGAGAUACAGGAGGAUCAGUUGCUUGGAAAUACUUGGGUGGACAUAGUGAAAAUAAGAAAAUAAGGGUAAUGCUGUAAAAGACUAACCUAUGUACUCUUUCAAAAUGCUUGUUUCUUGUUUCUGCUUAAUUGCAUUCCUUACUAAUUUCCUUUCCUUGCUUUCUGUCUGUUCUUUUCUAACAGCUGAAGAAUGUUCUGCUGACUCUGACCUCAACUUUCUUAUUCCUGUUGCAGUGGGUGUGGCCUUGGGCUUCCUUAUAAUUGUUGUCUUUAUCUCUUAUAUGAUUGGAAGAAGGAAAAGUCGUACUGGUUAUCAGUCUGUGUAAUCAAUUAAAUCUAGUGCUUUUUGGGUUUUUUUUUUGCCAUUAGAAGUUAUGUUUUCCAUUGGCUAAAAAGCCAGGAAAUGCUGUGCAAUUGAUUGUUUGAGAUACGCAGAUUAACCUCAGUGAGUUGCUAGCUAACUUGGGCAUGAGUAGCACUAUUAGGGCCGAUUUCUUCUUUUUUUCCUAUUUUUUUUCUUCCUUUGUAAAAGUGUAAUUGAAAGAAAAAUUGUGGCUUAGAAUAUGUUUUUUUUAGUGAAUAAUGAUUCUAAGCCUCUGGAUCCAAUUAUGAAAGCAUUUCUACUGAAGUAUAAUUUUAUAUGUUGCAGUUACUUGUAUUUUGCCUCUUUGACAUUAUUUGCAUAAUCAAAGCUGUUAGAGAACUUAACUUGCUUCAGGAAAUAAACUCAAGAACAUAGUGAAUUCGUUUUCAUUGGUGGCAAACAUAAAAUUUGGUUUGUAAUAAGACUUAGAUUCCCCACCGCCUAAACAAGAUUAUUUAAAUUCUGAUUUAAUUUUCCUGCUAGUUAAAAAGAAAGAAAGAAAGGAAUGUCUUCAUAAUAUUGUAUUUAAUAGCAAAAGUCUGGCUGUUUUCUUUAUUACUGUUAGUGGCUACUAUAUUUUAACAAGGAUGUCGCAACUAAGACUCGGUGCAGCCAAAAUAAAUAAAUAAAUAUUUUU